GCGUGUCUGCGAGGAAAUGAUAACUAGUUAUGGAUACACCGUGGGCCACACCCACCAUCAUCUGCACGAGAUUGAACUCACCCUUGACAAGUGAAGCUGCCUGUCCCCUUGAAGCUCGGCCUCUCUCACAGCCAAUAACGGGGUCAGACGCGAUGGUGGGACACGCAGUGUGGGAUGGGAGGCAAUCCCAUAUCCCAGCUUGGUGACCAUCGCCGACCUGACAUCGUACUUACUUAUACAGCUAUGGAACGCUCUCAACUCAGUUCUCCACCUGUCCAUGGUCUUUACACUGAAUGUCUGGACGCUAAGCCGCGGGGAACGCCGGAAGGGAAGCCUAUCUUGAUCUCUGGAAAUUUGCCCUGGUCGAUAUCAUACCACGGACAUGGAUAGGCGACAGCCCCUAGAUAUAUCUGAUACAGAUGAGCCCGAUAUACUCCUAUUACUUCGAAUAUUUCACCGAGAUGAACAUCGGAUAGCGCGUCAGUCGUGCCAGUAAUACCGUCAUGGAGGCCGAAGGGUACUGCUGCUUUGACCCAAUAUCUUCCCCCACCUCCUUGAUAACACAGUAGGUAUCUUUCCUUUUUCCUUUUUGCCCCUUGCCCUGCACCGUUUUAUGCCUAACUAGUUAGCAAGCCUUUUUCCUAGGUUAAGCGGGUUCAAUAUGACUUACAUAAAUCGUCACCACACCACAUGCACUGCGCUCACUUUCAAGACCAAGCAUACAUACAUAUAACGGAUAAUGGUGAUCCGCAUGCAUGUGUAAAUAACCAAAUCUCCUGUUUGAUGCCGCCAGGUUUCUUUUUCAGGCUGUCCUGCAUUGUCAUCGAGACUGCUUGGCUGGUUAAUUGCAUGAAACCUCGAACCCCUGAAACCGUAACUAAAUCGAGAGUCAUGAGAGCAACUGCGGCCAUUCAGAAUGUGUGGGCAACAGCAUAAAUCGAUAUUUCUAUUCUCAUGCUAGCGGUAUUCGAUUAUUUGCUAGACGAGAAAUACGGGGUACAUUCAACACACGUAUCCAACGCAUAUCAGAUUAACGCUGUCAAUAACGGGACAGCCGUAGCGAGCAGCACAGAUAAAUAUGGGCAUUUCUAUUAUGUCACUAACCCCUCGAUCGUCUGAGGGAAGAUGAUCUCUCACACACGCUAUAGGCUGCACCUUCCCGUAAUUUCCUUCUCAGAAAAAUACGUUGAAGGUACGGAUACGGAGUAGGAAUAUGCAGAGAUAGGGUGCUCCCCCCUUUAUUUGGCUGUUACUGUUGUCAUUUAGGGGAGUGUAUGAAGCACAAUCCGGAGAGCAAGCAAGACUCAGGGGAGCCAAGUUCACCUGCUGAGCGUGGUAGGGGCACCCUACUUUUUAUCUAUUCAGUACGGAGUAUCACGAUUCAGUUUUCACUCCCUGGACAUGCUUUUUCCACACACACACACACGCACGCACGAUGGAAUUGGCCCUCGAAAGUUAUUAAUUGUUUCUUUCUUUUUAUCUUCUUCCCCCUCUCUUCAACUUUUGUUCUUUAUUUCUUUCCUGAGACUUUCCCCUUUCGAUGUUUGAGUUCAGCUGGAUGGGAAUUCAGCAUGUACUAUGUCUACCCAAGGCGCACUUGUGGCGUUCAGCCACGCUCCUUACAAUCACCAAGCCUUGGUUUGCGUGCCGAGCAAGCGCGCCCUCCAUCUCCAUAUCAGUGGGCGAACAAGCCAGCUUGCAACUAAGAAUGUUUCGAGGUGAGGGGAUACGGCAGUCUUCUAUGCAAUAUAUCUUCUGGAUGGAAUAUCAACUACUACGCAAGCUUGUUAGUCGAAGAGCCAACGCAGAAGGUCAGAGGAACUUUCAACCAAUCUGAGCCGCAACGCUAAACUCCUGAAGCCCCCAAUAUUCACCGACAGCUUUUCCAUGAUGCGUCUUGAAGAGUGUCUGUUCGGAGCGCUCUCGGUAACGAUGCCGAGUAUACGGAUGGGAUGGAUUGACAGGCGAAAGCUUCCCCCAUCUAUGUAUAUGACGCGUCUGCUUUGUGAGACGGUCAUUUGCCGACUCGUGUCUUGGAUAUUAGCUUGGUAUAUUAACGAUCAUCUGACCAUACAGGAAUGAUACAUGAAGAAAAGAUGGCCCAGGCGAUCGGAGUCCGAUAAAAGGAAGGGUUAAGGGGUCAAGGAAUUGGAAUCGUACAUGGCCUUGGACAAGGGGUGGAGAAUACUAACCAAAUUACCACAAUGCUCCGGGCGAACGACCAGUAGAAAAAAAGCGAAGAAAGAGAAAUGACCAAGAUUGGCAGCAAAAUGAGCGAGAAGCAAUAUAUUACCAAGGCUAGCCAGCAACAUGGGAGCUGGUCACUCCACAGCUUCUUGCGCUGGGUUGAGGCCAAUAAUAACAAUGGCAUGGGGAUGGAGCGUCCUUCCUUCGUCGCUAGCAGGGGAGACAGACGUUGUGGUGCCCAAAGUCG